UAACGGAUACAGAUGAAAGCCAGGUGACUCAAUCCAUGCAGCGAGGUCUGAGAGCGACCCAAGCGCAGGAGCUCCUGUCCUCAUGCCGUCUGGGUGCGUCACCCUCCCUGUGUGAUGUGUUUGCCAACCCUGAAGCUCACUGAACCCCAUACUUCUGGGAGUUUGAUGGAGACUUCCUCACGCAAGAGCCUCCCGCUCUAGCGGCCCAGCCGGCCUCUGCCCUCCUGCCAUGCACCCCAACCCUCUCAUCUACUGCACCUGCUGGGACCCCUGGAACUUGGGACCACGGAAGCUAAUCAAGACCCCUCAGCCACCAAUCAAGACCUCCAUAGGGAAGCCCAAGCUAACUCCUCUUCCUCCAGCUGCAAAAAAACAAAGUUAUGUUCAACCACCAACAAAACCUGCUGUUGCCCCAAAAGUGACAGUCCAUUUAGGAAAACAAGAGGAGAGCAACACAUUACCUAAUGAAGUGAUAAAUGUGUCACCUGGCUAUCGCCUCAUUCGAAAUAGGGACCAGAUUUCUGUCACCUUGGGAGAAGAAAUGUUUGAUAAGAAAAAGCGGUCGAAAUCAGAGAUCAUGGACAGAAUCAAAAUUCCCAGGACUGAUAUCAUUACGGACCUAGAAGAGCAGAUCUCAGAGCUGACUGUGAUCAUUGAGCAGAUGAACAGAGACCAUCAGUCUGCCCAGAAAUUGCUCUCCGAUGAAAUGGCUCUCCGCUGUGCUGAGAUGCAGGAGAACUUCGAAAACAAGAACAGGGAGCUCAAAGAGGCUCACGCAGCAGAGCUCAAUCAGUUGGAGAACAACUACAAAGCAUCUUUGAAGGCAGAGAAGCUGGCUGCCCAAGAAAAACUAGAUGAGAUGGAAAAGGAAUAUAAGUAUUUGAAGAAUAUGUUUCAUAUGUAUCAGGACAGCAUUUAUGAUGAAAUGGAGGACAAGUGGUCGAAGAAGAAGGCAGAAUGGGAGAAGGAGGAGAAGUUGGAGCGGGAAAAGAUCCUGCUACAGCAAAAACAUAAAAUGAUCAAAAAGUUCGAGUUGGAGUCCACAGAAGAAAAGAAGAAAAUAAAUGACUCGUACAGUGCCAUCUUUGAGAACUUCAGUGGAGAGAAGGAGGAGCUAUUGAAACAGCAUGAAAAGGAUACCUUACAAUUAGAGGAGCUGAGAAAGAACAAACAGAGAAUUUAA